AUGCAAUACGCGCUUUCGAUCAUCAUGGGUCGAGCCAUUCCCGACGCACGCGACGGUCUCAAGCCCGUACAUCGCCGAAUAUUGUAUGCCAUGGACCAGCUUUCCCUCUACCCAAAUACAGGACACCGAAAAUGCGCGCGUGUUGUUGGGGAAGUCCUGGGCAAGUUUCAUCCGCACGGAGACAUGGCUGUCUACGAUGCUUUGGUUCGCUUGGCGCAACACUUUAGUACGGCCUAUCCAUUGAUCGACGGACACGGAAACUUUGGGUCCAUCGACGCGGACCCCGCUGCUGCUAUGCGUUACACCGAAUGUCGCCUGACAAAAUUGUCGCAAGCGGCUUUACUAGAAGAUUUACAAGAUGAUACGGUAGACUUUUUACCCAAUUUUGACGGAAACGAAAUAGAACCCGCAGUUUUACCGGCCAAGCUCCCGAUUCUGCUACUCAACGGUUCGUCGGGCAUUGCGGUUGGCAUGGCUACCAACAUUCCACCGCACAACCUCAACGAGAUUAUGACGGCCUGUACCGCCUUGGUAAAGGCGCGCCAAGGGGGCGCGGCAGUGACGGACAAGAAGCUCUUGCAAAUGGUCCCUGGACCUGACUUUCCCACCGGGGCGUCGAUUCUUAGUACCGGCGGUACUGAGAAAUUGUACACAACAGGCAAUGGUGGGAUUGUCAUGCGGGCAGUGACCAAAAUCGAAAAAAUUACGACCGGCCGCAAAAGUUCCAUCACACGAACGGCCAUAAUUGUUACCGAGCUACCGUACCAGGUCAACAAGGCGGCAUUGUUGGAAAAGAUUGCGGGACUAGUCAAUGAAAAAAAGCUGGACGGUAUUGCGGAUCUACGCGAUGAAUCCGAUCGUGAUGGAAUUCGGGUCGUCAUUGAGCUCAAACGAGACGCCGUCGCGGCCGUAGUCUUGAACAACUUGUACAAAAAGACACCCUUGCAGACAACUUUCUCUGGGAACUUUUUGGCGCUGAUGACGGCGAAUCGUGACAGUAGCAGCAGCCUAGUACCACAACGAUUCACUCUUCGCCAAGCCAUGGACUGCUUUCUUGACUUUCGCUUUGAAACGAUUCGUCGCAAGUCACAAUUCCAAUUGACCAAAGUCAACGCCCGUUCCCAUAUUGUUGCAGGCUUGUUGAUGGCACUGGACAAGGUCGAUAUGGUCAUUCAGAUUGUUCGUGCUUCUGCGGAUCAGCAGGCUGCUCGAGAAGCUUUAUACAUUGAGCUCGGCACUUCAUCAGAACAAACUGACGCUAUUUUAAAAUUGCAACUUGGGCAACUUACUCGAUUGAACAAGGGCAAGCUCGAGUCGGAAAAGGCCGACCUCGAAGAAUCUCGUGAAAGUUUAACACAUCUCCUGGAAGUUGAUGAUGCGGUUUACGAUGUCAUGAGGGAAGAGUUCAUUGACAUGAUGAAGAGAUUUGGCGGUGAACGAAAGUCAAGCAUCAUUGUUGAAGAUGACGGCGAUUUUUGCGAUAUGGACCUUAUCGAAAACUCGAGAUCGGUUAUUGUUGUCACUCGUGGUGGCUACAUCAAACGCAUGCCGUUGAAGACAUUCGAGAGUCAAGGAAGAGGCACUCGCGGCAAACGCGGCACUUCCGAUGGUGGAGAGUCAGCUGACAGUGAAGUGGCACAUUGCUUCACGUGCAACGACCACGACACGCUCUUAAUGGUUACCCAGAAUGGUAUUGCCUACGGGUUACGGGCGUACCAAGUUCCUAUCGCGGGCCGUACGGCAAAGGGACAGCCCAUUCCAUCCGUAUUGCCAGUUCGCGGUGACGAAGUUAUUACGGCGAUCCUCCCGGUGUCCGAGUUCUCUGACGAAGAAUACGUUGUUCUGACAACAGAACAAGGCUGGAUUAAACGAACACCGUUGGAUGCUUUCGAAAAAUUGUCGAGCCGUGGCUUGACCAUCGCUACUUUGGAAGAUGGUGAUCGCUUGAAGUGGUGUCAUCGAGUUCGAAACGAGGAUGACAUCUUAAUCGGCACUGUAGGUGGGAUGGCGACUCGAUUCGGAGCUGCCAAGCUACGACCCACUGGUCGAACGAGUCGAGGCGUGAGGGCGAUGAAGCUCCGGGAGGGCGACACAAUUGCAGAUAUGAAUGUACUCAGUGGCAAGAACAAGGAGUACAUUUUAACAGUAACUGCACAAGGCUACGGAAAGCGUAUUGCGACGAGCGAGUUCCGGGCCCAGGCUCGUGGCGGAGUUGGUGUAAUUGCCAUUAAGUUUAAAAGAGGGCAGGAGGAGGACAAGGUAAGCUGCCUCCGAAUUGUAAAGGACGACGAGGAAAUAUUGGUUAUUACAGCAAGAGGGAUAAUGGUCCGACAGAAAGCGUCCGAUAUUCCGUCACAAGGUCGAUCUGCGACUGGCGUUAUGGUACAGCGCGUGGACGAUGGAGACCACAUAUCUAGUGUGAGCAUCGUACCACAAUACGAAGAAAUUGACGGCUAA